AUGCACGGCGAACACAAGUACUCCCUACCAGAUAAACGGUCUAGCCCGUCGCGGCAUGCACUACCACCAUCAUUUGUUCAUCCCUCCUCUUCUCCAAUCUACUCUACUUAUCUGCCGUCGCCAGCGAAUCCCAAUAAUCCUCUUCCUCACAACGCAGAUCCCCGUUUAGAGCGAAUGGACCCUUGCCGCCAAACAACGCUUACGAUCAAAAGAGGCCCCCGUAGCAUGUCUAUCCGUGACAUGGUCCACCGCCAAAAGCCCGCCAAAAAAGCUGGUCGCCCACCUCACGGCACCAAGAGCCCAUUGCCAUCACCCAUCAUCCCAUCAGUAGUUAGUGGGCCAUCACCCAUUACCCAUCGACCAUCCUCGUCCCAUCGCUCUCUUUCUCACACCUCAUUACCGAGCUUGAACCCGCCCAAUUUUUUCUGUUCGCAGGUCUCAGAUGUUGAAACAAUCCUGAUUCUGAGUCCUGACAUGUCCACAUCCAUCGUCCGCAACUUCUGUGACACUUCAAUUCUCCGUCGCCCUUCCACCCUAGUUCCCCGCUCGUCGCCCACGGCGUACGACGCAGAGGCAUCCCUCUCCUGCGCGGUGCCUGGGCGCAAUGCGUCGCUGGAGGUGACACAGAGACGCACCAUGACGGACUUCCCUGCUCGAUAGAUUGACCUUGCGAGGGUCGUUCGCUGAUCAGAACCUGCGGAAGCUCGGGCCCAACGUAUACAAUACUGUACGGCUCCUGCAGUCCAGUAUUGUAGUAGAAUAGCCAGAUCCGUCGCGACCAUGCCGAAUCCGCCGGCUGAUCUUGACAAUGGGAAAGAUGCGCCCAGGGAGUCGAGUUCCCGUUUAGGGUGUUCCUCGACUCACGUGAAGGGGAAAAGGGGGGCUCUACCAUCACCAUCGCUACACUACGACUGCUCAACAAUGUCUGGCAGAUACACAAGUCUCAACCAUGGGACGGCUUGCCUCAUCUCUCAUCCAAAAUCGUUGCUACGUGUCACAGUUCCAGUCGCCCAGACGAUGCACCACCA